AUGUCAGUUUUAUCUCUUUCAUCAAACAGUCCCCUUCCAUAUGUUCAGCAACAACUUAUUCGAUAUGGGGAUUCAAUAUUUCUUAUAUUUGGUGUAUCUGGUUGUUGUCUUAACAUUUUACUCUUAUCCCGACGACAAUUUCAGACAUCAUCAUGUUGUACUUAUUUUCAAGCAUUGUCUGUCAUAGCACUUAUUCAUAUAACUAUUGCUCUUGGAUUAUAUUUGUAUACACUCGAUAAUAUUGAUCCACUGGGAAUAUCAAUUAUUUGUAAAUUACGUUUUUAUAUCGUUCAAUCUACGGCUAUGAUGUACCGUUGGUGUUUAACUAUAGCAUGCUUUGAUCGAUAUGCACUUUCAUCCGCUGAUGUACGCUUACGAAAAUUUGCAAAUGUGAAAAUUGCACGCCGUGUUGUGGUAGCCAUCAUACUUAUCUGGCUUGUGUUAACUUUACAUAUUCCCAUUUUUUACAAUACUAUCAAUCAUAUAUGUAUUAUCUAUAACAAUAUUUUUGCAUCAUUAUAUCAUAGUGCUUUUUUAACUUUGACGGGCUGUAUUAUUCCAAUUUCAUGUAUGGCUAUAUGUACAUUAUUAAUUCAUCGUAAUUUAACACUUAAACGGCAACGUCGUCAACAGAACGCUCCUAAAGCAAAAGAAAAUGAAAAGUUACAAAGCAGACGAGAUCAACAAGUUUUAAUUAUGUUACUGGUUCAGAUGAUUUUCUACAGUAUUACAGUAAUACCUCUGAUGACUAUGUAUUUUUAUAAUGCAAUAACAAUAUAUUUAAGUAAAACAUUGGCUCGUAUUAUCAUCGAAAGAUUUGCACUUUUUAUUACAGAAAUGAUUAAUUUUCUAUUUCCUGUUUGUUCAUUUUAUUUAUAUACAAUGGCAUCACAUAUGUUUCGUGUCGAAUUAAAAGCAAUGUUAUAUUCUUUCUUGAAACUUCAAUGGUUAAAGAAAAAUAUUUCUAUUAGACCCAUAGACUAUGAAAUGAAAGUCAAACCAAAACCAACUGCACAUGCAAUUGAAUUCAAUUCAAAUAAACUAGAACGUAUAACUGAAGUUAGUCAAGAACGAAAAAAUUUAUCUCCAGAUAUAAUACAAUGA